CAUGAACCACAUGGCCCAUCGUGUCCACACCCCACCAACUACGCUUUCUUUCAUUACCCAAAUAGUUAUAUAUCUCUCUCUCUCGCUCUCUCUCUCUCUCUCUCUCUCAUUCUUCUUCUUCUUCGUCCUCAUCCUCAGAGUCUCAACAUUAAUUAAUUAAAAAAUGACAGAAUUCAAGUCUCUGAGUGUAGACCUGAUGGAGCGAAUCCUGUGUCUCCUCCCAAUCCCAACUCUGAUCCGUGCUUCCACAGUCUGCAAACUCUGGUACUCCAUCAUCUCCUCCUCAACCUUCUCUUCCUCUUCCUCUUCUCUUCAUCCAUGGUUUUUCCUUUACGGCCUCCACAACACCUCCUCCAAGAACAACCAAUCCUUCGCCUUCGACCCCAUCUCCAACCUCUGGUUCCGCCUCCCUUCCAACACUUCCUUCUCCAACAACAACACUACUUCCGCCGCCGGAUUCCUCUUCACCACCGCACCCACCUUCUCCUUCUCUCCAGUCCUCUCUCGCCACAUUUCCACCACUUCCCCUCUACACUACUCUCGCCACAACCCUCUCCUCGGAGUCUUCUAUUCUAGCCACAACCACAACCACAACCGACCCAGUUUCAUUGUUGUCGGUGGAGUCAGAUUCAUCGGCAACCUCGUCGACAUCGAGGACCGUUUAGCCGUCGAGAUGUACAACCCCGAUCUCGAUUCCUGGAGCAUCUGUCCUCCAUUACCCUCCGAUUUCCCAACUGGGUUUUCCUCCUCGUCCUUAUCUUCAGCCUUAUUCAAAGGUAGGUUCUAUGUGUUCGGUAUUAACUCUAGCUUUGUCUCGUCCUUCGAUUUAGAAACCCACGUUUGGAGUAAUGUCCAAACUCUUAGACCUCCUGGGGUCAGCUUUUCUUUCUUGAUCUCCUGUAAAGACCGCCUUGUUCUCGCCGGAAUAUGUAAUUCGCAGGCUGGGUCGUCCUUUAAUCUGUGGAGGAUUGAUGAGAAAACUAUGGAGUUCAGUGAGUUUGCUAUUAUGCCUCAGGAUUUGCUGUAUAGCUUGUUUGAUAGUGAUGAGGAUGAUAAGUUUGCUUGCUUGAAAUGUGUUGGUUUGGGUGAUCUUAUUUAUGUUUUCAACGAAGACUACCAUAAGAGAUACCCUGCUUGUGUUUGCGAGAUUACUACUGCUACUACUACUCAACAGUCUGGUGGUGGCAAGUGCAAGUGGAGGAGAGUACCCCAAUUGCCUUCACCUGUUAAUAAGUUUCAUCAAGUCAUUAGCUUUUGUUCCACAGUUUCGCUGCAUAGCAUUCUUCGAGGUCGUGGUGGAGAUGCUGGAGCUGAAGCCUAUGUUUGAGGAUUCAUCAUUUCCUUUCCUCUACUUGGUAAUGUAAUGCAGAUGAUGGAUUUGCAAGAUUCAUAUACUUGGAAUAGGGAAAGAUCAUGUGUUCAUAAAAAGAAAUUGUGUUGCUGCUGGAUCGAAGACUUUAUAUUGGCUAGCAUCUGUAUUUUAUUGUUUUUAAUUCAGCAUUACCAAUGAACUUAUUCUUAGGGACGGAGUGAAGGAAAUCUGGCUGGAGCCAGCAUUUUCAAGGUUGACUCACUUUUUGUAGGUUGACCAAUUACAAUUGUAAUCACUCUGAACCUUAUGUAAUUAGUCAUUUUAAUGAUCUGAUGUGGAUUUUAUUAUUAUUUUAAAAUGUAAUGAAAUAAACUGUACCCUGUAAUAAGUUUCAGCUUGACUAUCAUUAUCUGUAAACCUUUUAGUAAGUUAUUAGUUUCUACUUA